UUAUUAGUAACUAUAAAAGGCCCUCCUCGGCAAACAGUCGGCACAACGGACAGCUUCCCGAGCAACGAAGAUGUUCAGACUCUUCGUUGUCUGUUUGCUGACUGGUGCGGCCUUGGCCGACAUCACCUGGAAGCCGGGUAAUGAAUAUCGUUACCAUCUUUCGGGUCGCACCUUGUCCGCGCUGCAUCAAGUAGAUAACCAGUAUACUGGUAUCCUCCUCAAGGGAAUCGUCACUAUUUUACCCAAGACUGAUGAACUCCUUAGUUGGAGGGUCUCCAAGAUUGAGUUUGCUCAAGUCCAUACCAAGUUGCCUCUGGGCUGGGACUCUGAAGUACCUGAAUCACUGCUCAAUUUCAAGAGCUUGCCCGUCAGUAGCAAGCCGAUCGAAAUUGCGAUGAGGAAGGGUUCAAUCAGAAAUAUGACCAUGAGCAAAGACUUGCACACCUGGGAGGUCAACGUCCUGAAGGGCAUGAUCAGCCAGUUCCAGGUUGACACAAAACGCAGAAGUUCGAUGAUGAAAAAAGAGGACAAGGAAAUGGAAAUGCUCUUACCCGACAUGACCAUGGCUUACAAAACAAUGGAAGACACCAUCAAUGGUGAAUGCGAGACCAUGUACGAUGUUUCUCUCCUUCCGGAGUGGGUGAUGCAAGCCAAGCCUGAACUUGUGCCAAUGCCCAAGCUAAAGGCUGAAGGGCGGAUUAUCGACAUUGUUAAGACCAAGAAUUUCAACAACUGCAAUACACGCGUUGGCUUUAAUUUUGGUCUGACUGGAAUAACUGAAUGGAAGGAAGCCAGUGAUAAUAAGCUUGGAACAUUUAUGGCUCGUUCUUCCGUGUCACGCGUCGUUCUCACUGGAUCCUUAGAAAAGAACGUCAUUCAGUCUUCUGUUACCACAGACAAGAUUGUACUCAGCCCCUUAAUGUAUAACAAUCAAAAAGGCAUGGUUGUGUCUCGAGUUAACAUUACACUCGAAUCUGUACGGCCUGCUUCUGAAUCUCCUCGCGAUGUUCCCAACCCCAAGCUGGUCAAAACCUUGGUCUACGAAUACAAUCCUGUGUUGCCCAGUGGCUCCGAAUCCAUGAUGCGUGAAAGCGAUAAGACUGAGGAAGAUGCUUCAAGCUCCAUGAGCACGACUCCCAACGACUCCAAACGUUCCGAAAGCAGCAAGCCAAUGCUGAGCUCCGAUGAGGAAGAUCUCUUGCAACGCACCCGUCGUUCCAUGCAUGAUGAGAUGGAUAUGGAUGACAUGGAAAUGUCCAAAUUGAGUGAAAUGAUGAAGGCGAAGAAGAAAUUGAAAAUGGAUGCCAAGAAAAAAAUGAUGUAUGAGAAGAAAAUGAAAAUGGAUGAAAUGAAGCCUAAAAAGGACAAGAAAGACUCUAGCUCUAGUUCUUCAUCUUCCAGCAGCUCCUCCAGCUCCUCCAGUUCUAGCAGUUCAUCCAGCUCCAGUAGCUCCUCCAGUUCCAGCAGCUCUUCUAGUUCCAGCGAGGAACACCAACCGAUGCCUACUAUGAAUGAACUUCCGAAGAUUCCACUUCUUCCCUUCUUUGUUGGCUUUGAAGGCAAAGCUAUUUGGCUCUCUGACAAGGUUGCUAUAGUGAGAACAAUGAAGCGACUUGCCCUAGAAGUUGGAAGCGACCUUUUAGAUGCUGAUCAGAUCCCCAGACGAGAUGCUCUUUCGAAAUAUAUGCUGAUGACCAGACUUAUCCGCGCCAUGAACACCAAGCAGCUUGAGGAUGCCACAAACGAACUGUUCGCCAAGUCAUCAAUGGCCGAAUCGAAGAGCUCAUCAAGGCUCCUUGCAUGGAAGGCUUUCCGUGAUUCCGUUGCCACAGCUGGAACUGGUCCCGCUCUCGAGACUAUCAAGGAGUGGAUCAUGAGCGGCAAGGUUAAGGACGAAGAAGCUGCACAGCUCAUUUCUGUUCUCCCUAAGACUGCAAUCCUACCCACUGCUGAAUACAUAAUGGCUCUGUUUGCACUGGUUAAAUCGCCGGAAGUUGAGAAGCAGCCACUACUGAGAAGCACUGGAUUGCUUGCAUUUACGGACCUUGUCUUCCAGGCCCAAGUUAGCAGUAAGACUGCACACAACCGCUACCCGACACAUAGCUUUGGCCGCAUGUCUCCAUCUAAUGCACCCGACGUCACGAAGGUCUAUAUCCCCUGGUUAGCCCGCUUGCUGAAGGAUGCCGUUGAGGCCCGCGACAGUCACAAGAUCCAAGUUUCAAUUCGUGCUCUGGGCAACUUGGGCCAUCCGAAAAUUCUGCGUGUCUUUGAACCAUAUCUUGAGGGGAAAGAACCUAUGACUGUCUUCCAGCGUCUCCUUAUGGUCAUUUCCAUGGAUAGACUUGCACGUGCACAGCCAUCAAUUGCUCGCAUGGUUUUGCUCAAUAUUUAUCACAACGUUGGUGAUGCCCAAGAGCUUCGUUCCGCUGCCGUCUUCCAGCUCAUGAAGACCAAACCUCCUGCAUAUGUGCUCCAGCGUAUGGCAGAAUUUACCAACUUUGAUACCGACUCUCAAGUGACAUCUGCUGUCCACUCAUCUAUUGAAUCAGCUGCAAAAAUGCUCGACGCUACUGCUGGAGAAGAGGAGAGAGAACUGGCUAAGAAUGCCAGGUCUGCUCUUCACUUAAUGAACCCAAGCGAGAGUGGUCUGCAUAAAUCACGAAACUGGCUACGCAGUUUUAUGAUGAAGGAAAUGGGUCUCGGCUACACGCAACAACUAGCUUACAUCGGAAGCAGUGACAGCAUCAUUCCUAAAUCUCUCUUCGUUACGCUCCGUCGCAACCUUGGUGGUUUCAAGCGUGAAAGUCUUGCAUUUGGUGCCAUGGUAUCUAGCAUCGAUGACCUUCUCGAUGAGCUUGACGAACUUUGGUGGAAGCACUGGUGGAGCCCUUCUAUGAUGAUGGAUGAGGAUAUGGAAGAUAUGAAAUCUAUGGAAGGCGAAAUGAGCCCUGAAAUGAUGGCCAAGAUGAUGAAAGUCGAGCCAGAUAGUGAUGCCAAACUGGAAGGAAACAUCCUCGUGGAAAUGCUUGGUGGCAAACGCCUGUUCACAUUGGACAGUGCAACAAUCGACCAUCUAUUUAAAAUGGCUAGUCUUGCAGCCAAGGAUAUGAAAGACAAAAAGAGCUUUGAUUGGACCAAGCUGUACAACAAGUAUCAAGUUACCAUCGCCUUCCCUACGACCAUGGGCUUGCCAUUUAUCUUCUCUCUUGAAACUCCGACUCUUCUUCGUGCUGCUGGUGAAGCAAAGGCUAGCCUUGAUAAACCUGGAAAGAUUGCUGCAAUCGCUGAUGUUCGUCUCGUUUGGUCCACGAAGGUGGCUUCAAAGAUCAGUUUCAUUACUCCUUGGGACCAUCAGCAAUACACUUCUGGUCUUGAUAGGAAUAUCCAGGUUAACCUUCCCUUCAAGUGGGAAAUCGAUGCAGAUGCCCCGCGCUGGAACUUACAACUAAAGAUGACACCACCUAAGUGGGAGAGCAUGAUCUUCCACGCCAGCGUCUGGCCUUUCACGGCUAAGCACGACAUCCUUGAACUUGAGCCCUUAUCAAAACUUAAGAACACCGACCCUAUUCAUGUCCGUGAAUCCAAGAAAGGAGAGUGGAGCUUCGGUAAAGAAUCACUUGGACUUGCCCUCAAAGCCAAGUUCAGUACCGAAGACAAGUUCCUUGAUGCUAAGGCUCUGGCUGAUAAUAUUAUGCGACAUGAUCUUGUUUCUCUCCUCAUGUAUCCUUGGGUUGAGGAGUCUAUUCAACGUUCAAACUUCAGCCUAUUCUUUGAUGGCCCAAGAUCAGAGUCCAAGUCUGUCACCUUCUCUGCUAGCUUAAAAUCUGCCAUGGAACCAAUGUCAGCUGAAGAGGCCAUGAGUCUUGAGUCUGCUUCUAUGCUUCGUCUCCAUCCACGAAGCAUGCGUCCUCGAAGUGAUGAGGACACCUCAACUAGCUCUUUCCUCGGAGAAGAAAACAAGGCCAUCCCCUCAAAUGCCUCUCCUAUGAGCUCCAUGCGCCAAAAAGAAUUUCUCAUGCGUGCUAAAUCAGAUAUGAAAAAGGCAACAGCUAGAGUGCUGGAUAUGGCCUUGGUGUUUGAUGCUCCAACCAAGAUCAACUAUUUGGCCACCGCUAGCUGGGCUGGAUCACCGGUUGAUAAGAAGAGUAAGAUGCUGCUCUACUUGCACCGUAGUCCUGUAGCAAACAAGAAGGCCUAUGAACUCUGCAUGGAUGCUUCAGCCAAACUACCAAACCUUCGUAUGUUCGACCUCAAGAAGAUGCUUAAGACCGACCCUACCUCAUUGAUUGCUGCUCGACUUGAGCUUGGAGAGAAAUGUGGUGCUGGCGCAGCAAAGAUUGACAUCACGGGCAAGAUGUGGCAGAGUGAGAAGCGCCGGGAAUUCCUGUUGCAGCAUCCAGCCACGAAAAUGUGUCUUAAGGAGAUGAGAGAGACUGGCAACCAGAUUAUGCCUGCCUGCUUGAACGUCACUCAUUCUGCCGGUCUCCUCGAUGCUUCUAAGUUAAACAUCAAGUUUGAGAAGGCCCCAAGAUUACUCAAGGAAGCUACCUAUAAGGCUUACGAGUACGUUCGAUACCUCCUUCGUCUUCAUACAAUGGAGGAGCUAAUAUCUGUUGAGACAUCUAAGGAUGAGAUAGAAAUCUUGAUGCGCAAUGAGCCAGACCUUUCGUCUAAGAACUUGUCAAUCUCUUCGCCCAUGCUCAAAGCCGAAAUGACCAACAUUCGCUUGCCCCCUCUUGCUCGCGCCCUGAUGGUUCAGCACCCAUGGCGUAGUACCAUUGAGAGAUUAGGCGAAGAGCUCCUCAGAUGGCAGUUCGAGCCUACCUGCAGCAUUGAUAAGGAGGCAAUCAACACAUUUGACAACAAGACCUUCCCCGUAAAAUUGAGCAGCAAAUGGCACGUCCUUUUGCAGACUGUUAAAAAGGCUCCUGCACUCAUGUCGACGCGCAAAUGGGAGGCAAAGGACGUUACCGUCAUGGUUAGGGCAAUCGCUUCCAAGCGCAAGGAAUUCAAGAUCAUCCUGGGCAAAGAAAAUGUUGUUUUGGUCUCUCCAUCAGAGGCAGGGUCCACUCCUGUCAAGGUUGAAAUGAAUAAGAGAACUGUGCCGAUCAGGAAAGAUGACGUCACCGAGAUGAAAGACAAGAGUGGCAGGCUUCUACUCAGGGUCUGGGCACUCCCCAGCGAUCUCGUGAUGAUCUCUGCUCCUCUGCACAAGAUCGAGAUGCUAUACGACGGUGAGCGCGCUCUGUUGUUCGCAGGCAACAGGUUCCGCGGUGAAGUUCGUGGUCUCUGCGGUACCUUUGAUUUUGAAAAGGCUACCGACUUUACCACACCCAAGAACUGCAUCGUCAAGGAAUCCCGGGACUUCAUCGACUCAUGGCUUCUGCCCGACAAAAGCCUUCAGGAAUCAGCCAAGGACGUUCCUUGUUUCAAGAGAGAAAUCAAAUAUAUGGAUAUUAUCACCGACAAAAUGAUGUCGGGUGAAUCGAGCGACAGCAGCUCCUCAUCUAGCAGCUCCUCGUCCAGCAGUUCGUCUUCUAGUAGCUCAUCGUCCUCCAGUUCCUCAAAAAUGUCGACUGCCGGGACCAAAAAAGCAAAAGAGGACAGCAGCUCAUCGAGUUCCAAGAGCAGCGACUCUUCGUCCUCGUCGUCGUCUUCCUCGUCGAGCUCUUCCAGCAGCAAAAGCAAGAAAGAAAAGAAACCUGAGCGCCCUGAUCGUACCCUUUGCACCAUGCACAUGACCAUGGUCGAUGAGAUUGACGGCAAGAUCUGCUUCUCAAUGCGUCCCAUGCCCAAGUGCAAGUCUAAAUGCAAGGCCAGUUCGUGGAGUGAGAAAAUGGUCUCGUUCUACUGCGUUGAAGAUUCUGAGGUCGCCCGCCAGUGGAAGGCGAGCAUUGAGAGAGGAUCGAACCCAGACUUCAGCAGCAAGGAACCCAGCAUGAAGCUAUCGCGCCGUAUUCCCGAGGGUUGCCGCAAAUAAGUUAUUCCACCAAGUAUAUAUAUACGACAACAGCAGCUAACGAACCGAGGACCACGCAUAGCGGAAAUUUUUAGUCUGUGUUUGUGAUUUGUCAGUAGCAAGCAAAUAAAAAGAGGAUACGAUCCUGAAAAAAAUU